AUGCAUGCUUCCUGUUACCAACUCUUCUUUCGGCAUUACAUGCACGAUAAUCCCCUCAACGCGGUGUGGAUUGCCACGGAAUGGAGACACCCCUGGAGGCAUGACCUCAAUCCAAAACAUGGCUUUAAGUUGGAAGACAACAGCAUCGUAUCUGUGAGCCCCUCUGUUGCCGAAUCGUUGGGAAUGCCACAGCUGGCUCUGCUGCCCCCGACCCUUGUCCAAGAUAUCAAGUCCAUGUCUCUUAACAGUGAGGUCUGGGCUUACUUGGCUGUCAAGGAUCUUGCAGAGACAUUUUCAUCCGCAGCUGACCAAGAUGACCCCCUGUCGUGUGCGCUUGACAAAGUCGAGUCUUGGACCAGGGGCGAGAGUGCACCUGUGAUGAGUGACGGCACUGCUGGGGAUUGGGGUAUCCGAAUCACGACAGAUCGCCGGGGUAUACGCAAGAUUGAAAGAAUCUCUGGUAUUCCUCCCUACAUAGAUUGGCGGAGUGAAAGCCUUGCAUUCGCUCUGAUACCGCGUGAAGCAGCAAUGAGAAGUUCUGUUGAUUUCAGACUUGGGGCAGCUCGUAUCGGACUGUGCAAUUUCAAGACAGUCAUGUGGGAUACACCAAGUGAUAUGCGUUUGCGCACACUGGACUUGCGCAGCACCAGGGGCCUCACCUUCUUCUACGUUGGGUCUUCUCUGCGAGCUGUUCAUUCUCAUACGCCUCGCUUCCCAACUGCGUUGACGACAUACGCCCGUUUGCCCGAGCAGGAUAGAAAGCAUGUGGCAUGGGCAUAUGUUCCUAUCGCACCUAAUGAUCAGCUUAUCGGAUUAGGUAUACGAUCAAGUGGCAUGGAUGAUGUGUUUUGUUCACCCUCUAUUCUGAUUCGCACUAAACUUGCUGGUGAUAUUAUCAUCGGCCCUCGCCCCAGGCCCGCCCACCCUGACUUGACUCUUGUCCUCGUUAAGGAUCACACCUGCAAUAUCAUACCAGAGUUUUUCGUAUAUGAUAUGCCUGCUCCUGGCGAUGAACAAAUGCUUCUCGCGGUGGCAGCAAGUUCAACUGAACCUAACGCAGACUCCAUGCGUCGAUUCCCUCGCACAACAUCGACAACAAUAACCCACAGUUGCCGUUGUACUCUUCUCCAAACCCAGAGGCAUGCUGUCUGA